AGUUGGCAGGUGGAGUGGAAGGUUGGGAGGGGAAGUCGGGGGAGGAGGCGGAAGAGGAGCCGUAGGAAGGGGGAGGAGGGAGGAAGGGAGGGAGGAAAAGAGGAGGCGGAGAACUGAGGAGAGCAGAGCUUCGAGCCAAAGGGGAGAUGAGUUUGUCUGUCCUCGGCUGAGGCUCCGGCCGGGCCUAGGGAACUGGGAGUUCGGGUUGGAGCGACACCCGUGGAAGUGGGAGGAGGUGACUCUGGGACUUUAACCCCUUGUGGGCUCUGCGGCAGGGGACUUAACCCUUUGUGGAUGCGGCCCCUCGGAGGUAGCGUCAUCUGGUAGUUUUAACCCCUUCGGGGCUGGGUUUAACCCGUUGGACUUAAUCUCAUCGCUUUGCCCACCAACUCCUCGGGCGUGGGGGCGCUCCUCCGCCCAUUACUGCUGCUGCAUCCCCUUGGACCCGCUAAGCUGCCCGCAUUGUGGGGGCUUAACCCUUUAGUGACUUGGGUUCCCCGAAAUUGCAAUUGGAGUUUCCUGACAGGUUUGGCGAAAGGCAUCGCUGCAAGAAUUACAGACCGAAGAGGACACUAUUGGAGAACAUUUUUUUUCUUUAAAGAAAAACCUCUCUUUUUCCUUAAGGACUUACAGCCCACAAUUUUCAAACUUCGAGAAGAGGACUAUAUCAACAUGGCCGAGCCACUUCUGUCAGAAUAUCAGCAUAAGCCUCAAACUAGCAACUGUACAGGUGCUGAUGCUGUCCACGAAGAGCGGAAUCCGGAUCGCCCCCCAGGAGCAGAGGAACGUGUGCCCGAGAAGGACAGUAGGUGGCAACCGAGAGCGUCCCCCCGAUCGGGUGGCGGUCGGGAGCAGGAGGGGGAAGGGACCCUGGAGCGCCAGCCACCACCUCUGCAGACCCAGGUCUAUCCAGAACCUAGCUGUCCGGAAGUGGGUGAGAAGGGCCAGAAUGGGGAUGACCUGUCCGCUGGUGGGACUCCCCCACCGGCAGCCGGCGGGGAACCGAGGCCCGAGGCCGAGGCGCUCACCCAGCCGUGUCUUGACUCUGAAGCCAACAAGUUGGGGGCUCCUGCCGCAAUGGGCGAAGAGGCGUGGGGGCAGCAGCAGAGACAACUGGGCAAGAAAAAGCAUAGGAGACGCCCCUCCAAGAAGAAACGGCAUUGGAAACCGUACUACAAGCUGACCUGGGAGGAGAAGAAAAAGUUUGACGAGAAACAGAGCCUGCGAGCUUCAAGGAUUCGAGCCGAGAUGUUUGCCAAGGGCCAGCCAGUCGCGCCCUAUAACACCACUCAGUUUCUCAUGGAUGAUCACGACCAGGAGGAGCCAGAUCUCAAAACCGGCCUGUACCCAAGGCGGGCCGCCGCCAAAUCCGACGACACCAGCGAUGAGGACUUUAUGGAAGAAGCGGGCGAGGAGGAUGGGGGCAGCGACGGGAUGGGAGGAGAUGGCAGCGAGUUUCUGCAGCGGGACUUCUCGGAGACGUACGAGCGGUACCACGCAGAGAGCUUGCAAAACAUGAGCAAGCAGGAGCUCAUCAAGGAGUACCUGGAGCUGGAGAAGUGCCUCUCGCGCAUGGAGGACGAGAAUAACCGGCUGCGGCUGGAAAGCAAGCGACUGGGUGGCGACGACGCGCGUGUGCGGGAGCUGGAGCUGGAGCUGGCCCGGCUGCGCGCCGAGAACCUCCAGCUGCUGACAGAGAACGAACUGCACCGGCAGCAGGAGCGAGCGCCCUUGGCCAAGUUCGGAGACUAGACAAACUUUUGGGGGGGAGGGGGUAAUGGGGACUUUUUACACUGAUAGAGAAUGUAACAUUAUAUACAUGUGUAUAUAAGACAGUGGUCCUUUUUAAUGACACAUAAUCCGAAAAGAAAUUCCCCCUAGCUUUGGUUUAUUUGGUAAAUUUAGCUAUGAUGUAGCUUGUGUGCUUUUUCCUAUUCUUUAUGUGAAACUGAAGGGUUGCUUUCUUUGUUUUCCUUUUUAGAAGUUUUUUUUAAUGUGUAAGUAAUUUGACCAAGUUAUAAAAUGCAUUUUUCUGUU